AUGACUAAUAGUGAUGAUAAUGAGUUGCACGACAAUGUAGAUAAAAAUGCUAAAUGGUUUGGUGUAGAGCACUACAAGAAUUUUCAGAAAAAUAAGCCAACUGAAAUUGAAAGGGACGACAAUUUGGUGAUGCCAGAGGACAAUGAUGUUGCCCCAUCUUCUGAAUCUGAUUUUGAAACUGUGAAUGAACAUGAUGAUGAAAAAACUAACAAUGAAUGUACAGUCUUCAACCCUAAAGAUAUUGACAAUCCAAAAUUAGAGUUAAAAAUGUUGUUCAGUAUUAUAAAGGAAUGCAAGUUGGCUAUCACAAAUUAUAGAAUAAGACAAGGUAGACCAUGUAAAUUUGUGAAGCAGGACAAAAUAAGAUUGAGAACUAAGUGUAGAAGUGAAUGGUAUGACUGGCUUAUUUAUGCUGGAAAAUUGAGUGGGAAAAGUAGUGUGCAAAUCAAGACAUUUGAGAACACCCACAAAUAUGGUUUCACCUAUGACAAUCCACUUGUAAAUUCUGAAUGGGUUGACAGAAAGUAUACUGAGGAGUUUAGAACUAAUCCUAAAGUAGAUAUGGAGUACUUUAGAAAGACUGUAAUGAAGGAUAAUAAGUGCUUUUUCUCCAAAAAACAAACAUACAGGGCCAGGAGAAAGUCUAUGAAGAUUAUUCAUGGGAGUGAAACUGACCAAUAUAGUAAGUUAGGAGCAUACAUGCAUGAAAUUCAGAAAUCCAACCCUGAAAGCUCCAUUAUAUUGAAAACUGUGGAUAGAUCGACAAGUACAUCAACACAGCAGCAAAGGUUCCAAAGGUUAUACACUUGUUUUAAUGGAGUGAAGCAAGGUUUCUUAGUUGGAUGUAGGCCUUUGAUUGGAGUAGAUGGUACAUUCUUGAAAGGGUCAUGA